AUGGAUUCUUUGAAAAAUAUUUUAGCAAAAAAAAAGGAAACGGUUUAAAAGCAAGGAUAGGUUGUUAAAAAAGCUGACUUAGAAAAGGAAAGAGAAGAGAAUUACUGGAAAUAAUAGGCUGAAAUACAAAAAUAGGAAGAAUUAAGAAAAUAAUAAUAUUUGGAAGAUUUGCAAAAAUAUUAAGCUAAUCCUUACAAAAAAUUAAAGAAAGAUGAAAAAAAGGAUGAAGGUUAGUAAAAUGAAAACAAAGAAGAAGAAUAGCCUCCUAUACCUAAAGCAGAAGUCAUUAAAAAAUUGAGAUAAUUUGGAGUUCCUGUAACUUUUUUUGGUGAAACUGAUUAACAAAGAUACAAAAGAUUAAAAAAACUAGAACUUGAUGCUACUGAAAAUAAAAAUUAGGGUGGUAACGUCUAUGAUAAAAUUUUAAAAAUGAAUGAGGAAGACUUCAAAAAGAAAUAAAGAGAGGAAGCUGAUUAUAUUGAUGAAGAAAAAAUUUAAAAACUUUUUGCAAGGUUAAACUAACCAGAAUAAAAUAUUAGUACUGAAAAGGUAACUAAUAAAAAGCAGUAAGAAUUAGAAAUAGAAAAACUUAAGCAAGUGUCUAACGAUACUAAAAAUGAAGAUAUUUUAAUAUGGAGUUAAAAAACACUUCGUGAUUGGGAGUAGAAAUUAGAAUAGAGAUUCACAACUGAUGAAUAGAAAAAAUCUGUUUUAGCAAGAAAAUUAAUUGGUAAUUUCCGUCAAACAUCAGAGUACUUGAAACCUUUGUUUAAGCUUUUAAAAGAAAAGAAAUGUAGUUAAGAUAUUCUAGAUGGAUUAUACAUAGUCGUAAAUUAUGCAUUAUAAAGGGAGUAUGUAAAAGCAAAUGACAAAUAUUUAGCCUUAGCUAUUGGUAAUGCUGCUUGGCCUAUGGGUGUCACAAUGGUUGGUAUCCACGAAAGAGCUGGUCGUUCCAAAAUUUUUAGUUCUUAAGUUGCACAUAUAUUAAAUGAUGAAACAACCAGAAAGUAUUUGUAAUCAAUGAAGAGACUUGUUACAGUUUAAUAGCUUAUGUAUCCUUCUGAAGAUAAAGCUAAGAUGAUAAAUUAUGACACAACAAUGGAGGAGUUAUUUUGA